AUGGAUGAUGGCACGGGUCAUCUCCUACGGCCUCAUUCCAUCAUUGGCAUGGGGGCGUACGGUACUGUUUUCAAAGCCUUUCGGCUCCCAAAGACGUAUAGUGAUAGUGAAGAGAUGUGGAGACACCAUGCAAAGGCAGUGGCUGUCAAGCAAACCAUAUUAACAGAGGUGGCGGAUGAUAUCACAGUGGUAUUAAAGGAAGUCUCAUAUCUUAGUAAUCUUCAACAUCAUAAUAUUGUCUCUUAUUAUACGGCGUUUACAAGUCAUUCCAAAUCCACAACUCCUGUACGGGCCACUCAACCACCAGUUCAGAAAAAACAAAAACAAAAACAACAACAACAACAACAUAAACAGUCAUCCACGACAAAGUCUACUCAAGAGAAUGUUAAUAAACCCUCAAUAAGUUUUGCAGAGGGGCCAUCCUUGUGUAUUGUUGAAGAACUUGUGGAAGGGGCAUCUGUUGCCAAAGUACUGAAAAUGAUAUUCGCCGGUCAAAUCCCUAAACCCAUGACAGAGGGAGAAAUUGCCGCCGUGCUGUAUGAUGUCCUAGAGGCUUUACUAUAUAUUCACAACGAAUGCCGUCUCGUCCAUCGCGACAUCAAACCACUUAAUAUGUUGUUAGAUCGUAAUAGCCGUUCCGUGAAAUUGUGUGAUUUCGGUACCUGUGCAGAUAUGAGCCAACAGGCGGGUCGCUACACUGUGAUUGGCACUAUUGGCUGGAUUGCCCCAGAAGUGUUGGAUAGUGGGAUGAUGGAUCAUCGAUCCGGCCGCAUUACUUCUCAUAGUUUUCCUUCAGAUAUCUGGUCUCUUGGCGUCUCUGCGCUUGAGAUGGCACGACCCACCACACGCAAACAGGCACUUGCAGAGUAUAUAAAAGAUUUAAGUGCUGUUUCCUGUUCUGUACAACCGCAUGUGGAAACUGUACGGAAAAGUUUUUUAAAUGAGAAAUUACCAUCUGGAGAUUUACGAGAUUUUAUUGCCUGUUGUCUACGUAAGGAUCCACUCAUUAGACCUACAGUUAAACAAUUACUACUACAUCCGUUUAUCGUUGGAAAUAAUGUCGCGAAUACUAGUGAACGACAAGCCAAGAUAUCUUCUAUUCUUACCGCGGUAAGUCUCGCAAGUAAAGCGAAUGCUAAUACGGAGGAGAAAAUGAAUGAUGAAGGUAUUAUUCUUCCACAGUAUGCCUCCUCUACCCUAUCAAAAAAUCGUUGUAUGGAAGCUAUUGCAGCCAUUAAACGAGAUUUCUUUGCUGCACAAGCUUCACUUUUAGAAAAGACUCGUACAGCACAUUAUUCAUGGUGUUUACCAGCAUCUCUUACGAAUAUGUUAUCAUCCAAUGAUUAUCGUUUUAUGCCAACAUUUUCAAGACCACAAGGACUUGGACAAGUACCUUCUUCCUCAGUUUCAUCAUCCCAAACACGAGGGUCUAUACAGCUUAAACCACUUUUUGACUCUGUUGUAUUACCAGCCACUGAAGAAAGUCGAGGCAUUGUGUUAAAUAUUAUGAGAAAAUACAGAAAACUUGGUGGAGCACAGACAGCGGAUGGUUGGACUGAUAUUGACCGACGUAGUGAUGCCUGUUAUGCACUUGAUGAAUUGGCUUGUCAAAACUUAAAACUUGAAAACUUUAUGAUGUUGUAUGAUGAUCUUCUUCGUACAUUUAAAGCGGCUUGUGUUUCUAUGCCAGAUUUUGCAAUGGACUUUAUGUCAUCUUUUAUGCAAUCAUUAACUUCUUCAGAGGAUAAUGUACAAACUCUACAACGGUUUAUUGCCUAUAUUCACCAGUUACAGAAGGAUGAUCUCAUGCACACCCACCAUGGUCAAAUAGAACCCACAGACUCUAAAACAACCAUACCAAAAAAUCCAUCUGUACUUUCACGUGCAACUCAUAAUACAAUGGCUUUCGCUGCGGCAGAAGAUUGGUUGCGGUUUCCACGUAUGCCUCAGUCAGCAGGAACUAUAGAUACUACUAAUAGUGGAGAUGAUACCGGUACAGAUUCCAUACGACAGCAGACUCCACUAGUGAAUCCAUCAGCGUAUCUAUUUAAUAAGUGGUUGAAAGGUAAACAAUCAAGAUCAAUGGAUUCAUCAUGA